GCGCUGAACGCAUUGAAUGGACACAAAGACAGUGAGUGUUUGGCAGACAUUGGGUGAGCGCUGACUGAAGACAUCGCAUCAUCGCUGCUAUCAUACCGUUGAAGACAUCGCUGACACGACCCAUGAAUUGGUGAUCAUUGAGUUGCAAUGGCGGCCAACGAGACCAAUGAGAUAGACUUAUACGCCGACGACUUGGGAGAAGAGUUCUCACAGGAAAACGAUUACAACGAGUCGGGGCUCGACUUAUACGACGAUGUGAUCACACCGUCAGCUAAUAUUAAGAGGGGUACGGAUGACGAAGACUAUGGUCUGCCACAAGACAAUGGCAACUCUCAUCACGUGAACAACAAUGACGCCGGCGGUGAUGGCGUCGGCAUUGGGGGUUCCGGUGGCCCGCCGUCCAAGAAGAUUGGCCUCUAUGUGGGCAACCUUUCCUGGUGGACAACAGAUCAGGACGUGACGGAUGCUGUCCUCGAUUUAGGAAUUCAAGACAUCUUUGAAGUGAAGUUCUUCGAGAAUCGAGCCAACGGUCAGUCGAAAGGGUUUUGUGUGAUAACCCUGGGAUCAGACAGUUCUGUGCGCACUGUCAUCGAGAAGUUACCCAAAAACGAAAUUCAUGGCCAGAAUCCGGUGGUUACGCCAUGUAAUCGACAAAAUCUCAAUCACUUUGAAAUGCAGUCCAGAAAGACGGCUCCGGGAGGCCCCGGUGGUGGUCCCCAACACGUGGGCGGACAACAAAGCUUUCCCAACCAAAGAGGUCCGCCUCCCAGCGGAGGCAUACGUCCGCCUCUUAUUCAACGCCCGGUCAGACCCAAUGGUCCACUAAUACCCGGUCAGCCACGUAUGGGAAUGCCUCACCAGGGAAUGCCGUUCGGUGGCGGACAACCCCAAUGGGGUCCCGGUAUGGGUCCUAACCCGCCGCCGCGUCCACCCGCUCCCAUGCAUCCCGGAGCUCCACCCGGAAUGGGAAACAUGCCGUUAAUGCGAUUACCACCGCAAGGGCCGCAAAGAGGACCCGUUCCCAAUCAGCCAUUACUUCGCGGUCCCAGUACUCAAAACGAUCCGCGAUCACAAAUGUCACAUUCAGGCCCACCCGGUAUGCCUGACUGGAAUGACCCACAGGGCCAUAAUCCACACGGACCUCCCGGCCCGCCUGGCCCUCAUAAUAUGAUGAUGCAGCAACCGGGUCAGUCACAACCCAACCAAUCAAUGCCCCCCAGAGUUCCGAACAACGACUUCUCAGGUUUUUUCAAAUUAUUUUCAACCGUUUUGCAAAUUAACUCAUUAGGUGUCUGUCUGUCUACAGGUCCUGUGCCGGGAAUGCCAGUGCCAGGCGGCCCCCACUCUGGUCCGGCUCCACACGUGAAUCCAGCCUUCUUUCAGGCACAACAUCACGCAUCGAUGGCUCCCCAACAGCAGACCGACCAGUUUGGGAACCGUAUGCCACCCGGCGCUGUACAGUACGGACACGGAGACUACCGCGGUGGUCCAGUGGCCAAUAUGGAGGUGCCCAUCACGAUGCAGAUCAGCGAACAGGAGUUUGAGGACAUUAUGGAUAAGAACCGUAAGGUCUCGAGCUCUGCCAUCGCUCGGGCCGUAACAGACGCCGCUUCGGGCGAUUACGCGGCCGCCAUCGAGACACUGGUGACCGCCAUAUCUCUGAUCAAACAGUCAAAAGUGGCGAACGACGAGCGCUGCAAACUCCUCAUCAGUACACUGCAGGAGACGCUGUCGGGCAUAGAGUCGCGCUCUUACAGCAACUCUUCGCGCAAGGAUAGGCCUCGUAGUCGAGACCGGUCUCCACGGGAGCGCACGUCCCGGCGCGAGAAGUCACGACGCGAUCGCUCGCGAAGUCGUGAACGCGAUUAUCGGGACAGAAGUCGCGACAGAUAUCACGAUUCGGAUCGCUAUCACGACUCCGAGCGAUAUCGUGAGAAAGAGCGCGAGAGGGAGAGAGACCACCGAAGCAGUCGACACUAAACACACCACCAGAUCCCGAUGAAGACUAUUGGUGUCCACUCAUAGCCAAUACACUAUACAUUCAAUUCGAUUCUUGAUUUAAAUUAAAGUUUUUCGUUCUCUUCUCUUCUCAUCACAACUUAUAAUCAGUUUUUUAUUAUUGAUAACUCUUUAACGCAAAUAAUGUAUUAUUUAUUCAUUGAAUUAUUAAUUGAUGGCUUUUUCUCAGUUCAAUUGAAUUAUAUAUAACUUUUUCCAACUAUAUAUACGAUAUAUAAUAUUUGUCUUUCUUUCCGAAACCAUUUCAUAGCA